AUGAAAAUCAAAAAAUCCCCACCAAAGAAACUUGCUGCUCCUGAUGAAAUACCUGAGAUAGUUGAAUCAGUAAAAGAGUGGAUUCAUCCACGAGGAGACCUUUUUCACUGGAUUGGUGUUUUAAAUCGUUUUGACACUAUCCUUGAAAAUAUUUGUUUAAAUAAUAAAUUAAAAAAAUUGCAAACAGCAAAUUUUUCAGAACCUAGUCGUAGUAUAUUGUUAGCAAUAUUAAAAUUUUCACGGUUAUUAUUAGAAAAUUGCACAAACAGAAAUCUAUAUAGUUCAUAUGAGCAUCUAAAUGAUUUGCUAUACACAAAUGAUUUGGAGGUUCUGGAGGUUCUGUUACGUUUGAUUCUUCGACCUGCUCAACGUCUUAGCAAUCAACGAGCUCUUCGAACCAAUUUUAACAUUUCACAAGAUAGAAUUUUAACAUUAGCUCAUAGCUGGGGCACAAAAGAAUAUGAUAUUGAAAUGGUUCAUCUUGCAUCAGAUGACGUUAUCAUUCCAAAUGAAUUAACAACUUUGAAUUAUCAAUUCUAUCGUCAUUUAACUCCUUCAGAAGUUGUUGUUGAAUCAUCAUCUACCACCAUCACUAGCACUACUGGCAUCACUGGCACCACCAGCACCACCAGUGCCACCAGCACAACCAACACAACAACCACCAGCACAACCAACCCUACCACUACUACAACAACACAAAAGAACAAAAGAAAAGAUACAGCCACAUCUACAAGUUCUGGCGGUAGUAACAGCACAUCAAAAACUACUUCUGAAGGCGUUACUCUAAUUUGUGUAAAUGACAUUCAUCAAUAUCCUGGAACAGAUAUGGACAUUUUAAAUAGUCUUGUUCAAGAGUAUGACAUUCCUGAAGAAUUUCAUUAUGCUCUUUUGAAUCGAAUUAGAAUUGUCACCAGUAUUACUUCAAAAGAAUCUCGUCGUAGAUUUUUAAUAAUAAGAAUUCUUGCUAUCGCAAUCAUGGCUCAUGUUAUUCAAGAACAUGUUGCUCAAUCAAAAAUAUUUUUAUAUGAACCGGACAUUGUGGCCAAUCUUUCAGAAUUAGUACACCCUGAUCGGGGUUUUUGGGGAAAAAAGGAUGUUCAAACAGUUGCAUUUUAUGCAUUAGAUGGAAUUAGUCAUUAUCGUUCUAAACUUCAAGAAGUUUUGACGGCAAUUAACGCUUCUGCUAAUCAUGGAAUACUUUUAUAUGUUUUAAGAAAAAUUAUCGCUGAUUUAGAUUCUGAACACCCAAUAUAUCCUCAAGAUUAUUGCGAUUCUGUGUUUGCUCUAAUAACUCAUAUAAUCUCCACGCAAAUUGGUGGUAACAUGGUAAUAUCAGCCGGAAUAAUUCCUACACUUUUACAAUUAUUAAACAAUAAAAAACAUCAACAAUUAAAAGCUGUUGGUCUUUUGGAUAGCCUGGUUUAUAGUUUCAACCAACCCUCUUUUACUUCGUUUUGUAAUGCUAAUGGAGUUCGAGUGUUGGUUCAAAGAAUUAAGGACGAAGUUGAUUUUGGAUUUCAAUCAGUUAAAGAUACCCAAAGUGACCAUAUGGAAGAUGUUACCGUAACAAGCAGUAAUAAUAGCAGUUCUAUUGCUUCAACAUCAAAAAGCAUUGAACCCACUAGUGUUCAAUCAGCAAAUGCUGAAACCGAGGUAGUAGCGCUUCCUUACGAAAGAUCUUCUUUGAUAAAGUCUAUGUUUAAAUUUGUUUAUCAUAUGAUGCAAUCUUCUGGAAACGCUGACGGGUUAAGAAAUCUUAUUGACACUACUCUACCGGAAUCUUUGAAAAAAGUUUUUGAACAACCAAGUAUUUUUGGAAGUAGCAUCUACGCUCACGCAAUAAACUUGAUCGCCACAUUCAUUCACAAUGAGCCAACUUCCUUGCCAAUCAUGCAGGAAUCUAAAUUACCACAAACAUUCUUAAAAUCAAUUAUUAAUGAUAUACCUGCUUCUGUUGAUGUUAUUCAGUCUAUUCCUAAUGCUUUUGGUGCUAUAUGUUUGAACUUACAAGGAAUGGAAAUCUUUAAUCAAAUGAAUCCAAUUGAUAAAUUUUUCUCGAUAUUUACUUCCAUUGAACAUUUACGUGCUCUUCAAGAUGGUGAUCUCGCUUCUGUCUUGGGUACUAAUAUUGAUGAGUUGAUGCGACAUCAUCCAAGUUUAAAACCAAUCAUUAUGGAUGCUAUAAUGACCACAUUAAAACGUAUAUAUGAACUCGGUCAAAGCGAUCAAUUUGUGACGGCUAAUGAAGACACCUGUAGUUUACAUGUGGGAGUAUCAGAUGAUGAUUCUUCCAUUAAUAUUGGUUCAGAAAACCUUGCCGCUGACUCUUUUACAUCUCAAGAUGCUAUUAUGACUGAUGUUAUCGAAUCACAAAAAUCCGAAGAAAAGAAAGAAAAUAUAGUGGUUUCCUUUAUCGAGAUCAUGGCAAGAUUCUUGGAAGGUCUUUUCCAAAAUCAAAGUCACUGUAAGGAAUUCCUAAAACAAGAUGAAGGCUUGAACAUAUUACUUAAAUAUUACUCAUUACCAACAGUACCUUACGAUUUUGCAAGUUCACAAGCAUCUUAUUCUCUUUCUCACCUAAUGAGAGUAAUAACAGAUGCUGAACCAAGACGUAGUGUUGCUGCAAUUAUCAGUGUUCUAAAUGACACACUUCAAGAUGCUUCACCUUUUUUGAAUUACGAAGAAAAAUCUGGUUUGUUCAUUAAAUAUAUUGAUUUAAAAGCCAAAAUAGAAGCUGCCAAUAAAACAUUCAGAACUUUGAUCACUUUACAUGGUUAUGUUGGAUUACUUUCAGAUGUAUAUUGUUCUACAGUCUUCUCUCAUGGAAAAAGCGUGUCAUCAUCAUUGAUCGAAGCUUUUGUUGGGAACGACAACGAAAUAUUAUCAUCACUUGGAAAAUUACACAGAACUUGUGUCUGGGAAAAUGUUGUAUUAAAAUCUACAAUUCCAAAAUCAUGGUAUAAUUUGCAACCUAAAAGCAAAAAAUCACCUCUUUUAUCUCCAUCCACAACCUCAAUAUUUGAUGAUAUUGAUAGUAGUAAUAAAGAUCCAACAACAACAAAUGCCACUACUUCCGACUUACCAAAUGAACCUCCUGUUGAUCAUAAUAAUCGCCAAGUUAAAAAUUCAAAAUUUUUAAAAUUUUUAAUAUCACAAAUACCUUCUUGCCUUACUCCUUUAUUUCAAGGGUUGGCCAAAAUGCUUUUUACCCGUAAAUCUCCUGAUUCUAAUCAAAGAAAACAAGCAUCAAAAGUUUCUGAUUCUAUUGCUAGUGUUCUCCAUGAUCAUUUAAAUUGGAAACGUUAUGAAAUAGAUAGUGAAACGGAUUCAUCGAAUAAAUAUAAUUAUCUCACAGCAAUGCUUGGAUUAUUAUCAUUAUUAUUUUCAGAUGAACGAAAUCAAGUUUCAUUACAAACUAUGUUGGUUGUUUCUUUUGAAAAAGUUGGUGGCUUAGAUCAUGUUAUUUAUUUAUUGCAACGCUUUUGGGAGGAACCAGAUCUAUUCAAAGAAUCAGAAGAAUGUUUAAAAUCAGAUGACAAGUCAAAAGAAAAACUCGGAAGAAUUCAUGAAUGUAUUAAAAUUAUACUUAAUUUUUUCCAAUUUGUUGCCUCAGCUAAAUCAUUACACGAAUCAUCUCAGACUGCAAUUAUGACAGCAAAGGAAAAAGAUCCUCGUUUUGAUAAAUUUGAUCCAUAUAGUUUCCUCGUUAAAAUUCGAUCAAAAAUUUUACCUGCGAUCAAUGAACUUUGGCAAAGCUCAUAUUUAUUAAAAGCUCCUCCAAAUCUUGUUAAGUUGGUAAUUCAAAAUUUAGUCCAAAUUUUGAAAGCAGACGGCGAAGUAAAUCAACGUCCUGAAGGAUCUGGUUCAGGCUCAGGCACUUCAUCUUUAUCAUCAGCAACACCCUUAAUAUUUGGGCAUAGAAACACAAUUCCAGACGAGGAUAGAGUACAACAACUUCUUGAUAUGGGUUUUCCUCGUUCUGCUGCUGAAGCUGCUUUGUCACGUUGUAAUAAUCAUGUUCCAACUGCUGCCGAAUUCUUACUCACCCAUCCUCAAACAAUAGCUGCAGCCAUUUCACUUGAAGCUUCCCGACAACAAGAAAAUGAAUCAUCUAAUCGAGAAUCUGCUGCAAUAACUGUUACCACUACUACAAACAAUAAUUUAACUGAAAACACAGAAACAGAAUCUGGUUUGACCACUGGUACUAGUGCUAGCUCUAAUCUGAAUGUUGAUAUAUUUGGAACACCCGGUGACGAAGGUGAAGAUGAAGAGGAUGAUGCAUCUGAUCUUGAUGAAGAGACUAGUUCAGUUGAUCAUUCAGCUUUAUCACAAGGUCUUUCAUUGCCAACACAAUCUGCUAAUUUAGCUGUUGAAGCAAGUUCAAGCAGUAAUAAUGAUACUAGUGUCCCUAUGGAAACAGAAACAACCUCUGAUGCCGCAGCUAGCACCAAAAAAACUGAUAAGGGCAAAGGAAAAGAAACUGAAACUUCGACAUUAGAUCAAUUUAAACAAUUACGUGAAAAACUUAAAUCUAAUGGACAAUUACGUGCUAUUGAAUUAUUGGAUCAAGUCGAAGACAUUAUUUUUGAAAUUAAAGACUUAUUUGUACUUUUUAGUAAGGAUGAUCUAGAUCAAACCAUCGCAUUUAUAAUAGAGUGCAUCCAAUCUGCUAUGAAACAACAGCCAGAUGAUGGUGAUGACGAAUCAAAAAAGAAGGAGUCUGCUGUUUUGAGCUCAAGAUUAAGACUUUUAGCACUUUUAAUGAAUGAAACAACUAUUCAAAGCAAUGUAUCAAUAAUAAUAUUUGAUAGUUUAGUGACUGACUUGUUUGAUAGGAUAUCUGAUAUUUCUCUUUCAAAGACGAAACCAGAAUUACCUAAAUGGCUAACCCCAGCUUUAUUGAUCGUCGAAUCUCUAAUAUCUUUGUCAGAUGAACCUAAAUCGGUUGGUCCAUUAAAAACCGCCAAAUCGCCUGAAGAUCCUAUAAAUUUUGAAGAUGCAGGAAUAAAUACUAUGGUACCAAAUGAAAUAGAAAGAUUAAAUCUUCUUGGUUACUGUUUAGGACUAGUAAGACGGGGAGAUGAUCUUGAUAAAGAUCUUAUUAAUGCAUUACUUCGUAUUUUUGUUCGCCUUACUCGUCAACAUGAUGUUGCUUUGGAGUUUAUGAGAAAAGAUGGUUUAGCAUAUUUGUUUGAGAUUUUCAAAAAAAGAGCACAUGACUUCCGUGGACAACAAAUUUUCUUGGCAAUGUUAAUGAGACAUGUAAUCGAAGACGAAUCAGUAAUAGAAAAUAUAAUGGAGAGGGAGAUCAAAAAUUGGUUUACAAAUCCACGUCCAAGAACUGUUGAUGUUAAUGCAUACCUUAAAAAUACGCCACAAUAUGCCUUACAUACUACUAUUACUACUGCUGCCACCACAACACAUGCAAAUGAAGAAGAGAUGAUUACAGACGUACAAGCAUCAACAUCUGUUCCAAUUCAAUCAUCACCAAAAAAAACUAUAUAUGAUUUAGAUGAAACUGAAAGCCUAAUUCAGUUUAUCUCACACGAGUUACUAUCAAUUGUCUUUAAACCUGAAGAACAUCAAGAUUAUUUAUCUAGAUGUUUCUUGUUACAAUGUUUAACUGAAUUACUUUCGUCAUAUCCUUCAUGUAAAAUGGAAGUAGUUAAUCUUUCUAGACGUAGAAAUAGUGUAAAUGUUUAUAAUAAUAACAGUAAUACAAAAUCGAAACCAUUCUUAUUAAAUCACCUUUUGAAUGAAUUCUUGCCUUAUGGCUGCAUCACACCUUCAACUGAUAUUGAAAUGCGUAAAAGAUAUGGUCAAUCUAAGUGGACUACUUACACAUUGGUAGCUUUAUGUUCUAGCAUCAAUAAUAAUAACAAUAAUAAUAAUGAAGCAGAUAAUAAAAAACUUGUACAACAACAACUACAUGAUUUAAUUCAAGUUAGGAAAUUUGUUUUGGAUACAAUUAUUCGUUCAUUUAAAAGUGCAAUUGCUUCAACUGAUCCAAUUGAAGCAAAAUACGGUAGAUUGUUAGCUUUGGCCGAGUUAUGUUAUGCAUUAUUAACAGCUCGCGCAAGUCCAAACAGUGCAAACAAACCAAAUGAGGAUAAUCCAGCCAGUAUAGCUAGAAUUAUGUUGGAUAAAAAUUUUGUCAAUAUUUUAACCGAUGCACUUGCAGAGAUAGAUCUUAACUAUCCUUCAGCUAGAAUACUUAUCAACGCUUUGUUAAAACCGUUUGAAUUUCUUACAAAAGUAGCAAUUAAAUUAGGAAGAUCACCUGAUUCUACAGAUAGUAGUAACAAAGAUAAUAGCGAUGAACAAGAAAGCAUUUCAUCGAUUUCCACACCACCUUCAGUUGAAGAAAUGCAUCCGGAAACUGAAGAUGCUCCUGACUUGUAUGCAAACUCGGUACUUGGUGCUCUUGAGGGUAGAAUAGAAAGCGAUGAUGAUGAUGUUGACACUUCGGGUGAAGAACAAGCAUUCGAAGAAGAUUUUGAAGAAGAAAGUGGCAAUGGAGAUGAGGAUCAAGAAAUGUGGGAUGUUCACGAUCAAGUUAUGAUUGAACCCGGUGAUAUCAGAGAAGAGGCUAUUAUUAAUGAUGACGUUGAAGGCCAUAUUCAUCGCCAUCGUCACCGUGAACGAUUUGGUGCUUUGGUAGAUAGUUUUGAAGAAGAACGUCUAAAUUUCACCAAUUGGGGCUUCAAUCAACCUAGUGCUCUUUUCAUGAAUGAUGACGAGUUUUCUAUACCAAAUCGUGCUGGACGUGCUUUAUUUAGUUUUGGCAACAGACGACAUCGACAUUUGGCUGGUCGUAGAACUAUAUUAGAAGUUCCAUCAGAAAGCUUUAACUAUGUAUUUGAAGAUUCAGACGGCUAUACAUUUAACAUUGGUGGAAAUGAUGAAGUUGAUAUUCCAGGAUUAAAUAGAACUAGACCUAUUACUAGCUCAAACGAUGAUAUAAUUACACAUCCAUUGCUCGUCAAUAGAGCCCCAACUACACCUUCAGUUGCCGGAAUUGAACUAUCUAGAGGUAGAAGUAUUAGAAAUGGACCAUUAGGUGACUGGACACAUUCAAUCGAAGAAUUAAUUGGCGGUGGAGCAGUUCAAUUAUUAGAACAAUUAUUAACAAGAGGGCGCGAUCUUAAUCGACCUACUUAUAGACUUGAAUUGAAUCCUGGUUCAAGCGGGUUGGUUAGUGGAAUUGAGGUAGAUCGUGUUUUCCAAAGAGUAUCUUCAAAUGCUCAAGAUAAUCAAAAUAGCACACCUCCAAGUGAUCCUAUUGCUGCAGUUCAAGAAUUUAUGCCUUUACAAACUGGUAAUAGGUGGUAUGAAGAGGCUCGUAUGAUGUAUGGCAGUAUGGUGACCGAUAAAGCAACCAAAUUAGCCAAUCAAAGAGCCGAAUCAGCCGCAGCAAAUACUCAAUCCACAUCGACAAAUGAACAGCAAGAAAUAACUCAAACUACAACUGAUGAAGAAAAUAAUAACAAUGAAGAAAAUAACAACAAUGAUGAAAUAGUUGACGCCAUGCAAGAAGAUGUAACCCAACAGGUAGAGGACUCUAAAGAUGAACCAGUUACUGCUUCAACUAUUGUUGCAUCCUCCACAUCAACUCAAGUAGGUGGCGAAAGUUCUGCUCAAGGUUCAACUGAAACACCGCAAGAACAACAGCAACCACCUGCUACAAGAACUACAGUAAUAAUCAAUGGUCAACCUGUUGAUAUUACUGAUACUGGUAUUGAUCCCACUUUCCUUGAAGCAUUGCCGGAAGAUUUAAGAGAAGAAAUUAUAAAUCAACAUUUACCUCAAAGACGUACAAAUACUACUGUAACUGGAACCGGUGAAAUUAGUUCUGAAUUCCUUGCUGCACUACCCGAUGAUUUAAGGGAGGAACUUUUACAGCAAGAAGAAGCAAUAGGACAACAAGAAAGAAGAGAUAGGCAAAGAACCACAGAGCCUGCUGCAGUUGAAAUGGAUACUGCAAGUUUCUUUGCAUCUUUAGAUCCUCACCUGAGGCAAACAGUUUUACUUGAGCAAGAUGACAUGGUUUUAGCAUCAUUGCCUCCAGCGAUUGCUGCAGAAGCCAAUGCAUUACGUGAAAGAGCAAGUCGUAGAUACACAAAUGCAGUUAGAUCAAGAACACUUACUAGUUCUGUUCCACAAAUACCAACACCUAAAAAACCUGCAGUUCAACGUGAUGCAGUUAAACUUGUUGACACUCAAGGAUUAUCUACAUUAGUCAGAUUAUUAUUCUUGCCACAACCAUUAAAUAAUAAAAAUUUACUACAUAAAUUAUUGCUUAAUCUUUGCGAAAAUAGCAACUCACGUGGCGAAUUGGUAUCAAUGUUACUAUCUGUUCUAUUUGACGGAAGCGGCGAUGUAGCAUCUGUUGAUAAAAGUUUUGCUCAAAUGUCUAUAAAAAACAAAGGAUCAACAUCAACGAAAGGUUUAACUAGGAGACAUUCAGGGGUACCUAAUCCUUCACUUUCUCAGAUAACUCAAGCAGCAGGAGAAAAUGUUCCCAAUUUAAUAGCUCAACGUUGUUUAGAAGCUUUGACUUUUAUUGUUAGUUAUAACGAAGCAUCUGUCACGUAUUUCUUAAUGGAACAUGAAAACAAUAUCGGGCUUAAAAGAACGAAUAGUCGUAAGGGAAAAGAAAAACAAAAAUCUGUCACAAGCAAAUAUCCUGUAGUAAUAUUACUUAGCCUUUUAGAUAGACAAGUAUUCAUAAGAAAUACAUCUUUAAUGGAACAAUUAAUGACUCUACUUUCAUUUGUCUUACGACCAUUAUCAUCAAUUGCAAAAAAUAAUCAACCCAAUACCACCACCACAAAUACAUCCAACACUACCAAUAACAAUAACACAACUAAUGCAACCACUUCAACGGCUGUAAAUACUACAACUACUUCAACCAACACACCCAACCUCGAUUUAAUUGAUAUAACUACAUCAACCACACCACAAUCUUCACCACCACUAGCACAAAAUAAUAACGAGAACACUUCGUCAGAUCAAAAUGUGGAAGUUCCUGAAAAUGAUAAACCAGCCACUGCAUCUUCAUCUAAACCACCAGAAACCGAACAACAACCUAAACUUAAACCACCAGUAAUUCCUGAAUAUUGUUUACGAUCAGUGGUGAAUGUAAUGACAGUAGGUGAAUGCACAGGCAAUACAUUCAAAUGUACAUUAACAGUUAUUCAAUACCUUUCAACUUUAAAAGGAGCAAGAGAAAUUAUCACUUCCGAGUUGGUUGAUCGUGCACAAUCUUUGGGCAAUGAAAUACAUUGUGACCUUGACGAGUUAGCACAGAUAUUACACAAAGCAGAUACAGGUGUUGAUGUUCAAGGUGUAACUCUAGCCAAGUUUUCGCCUUCAUCAUCAAAACAAGCAAAAUUGCUACGCGUACUCAAGACUAUAGACUACAUGUAUAGUAGUGGGCAACAACAACAGACAAAUGCUCAAUCAAACACACAGGUAGUAGUUGCACCAACUGUUGACCCAGAAGAUGCAGAUUUAGCUCAACCGAGAACAUUAGAAGGAAGCUUGAGAACUAGUAAAUUGGCUCCAGAUGAAGAAAAAGUAAUGAAAAUUUAUGAAAGUCUUAGUUUUGCCGAUCUUUGGAACAAGCUUGGAAAAUGUUUAUUAACAAUACAUGAAAAACAAGACAUGAUACAUGUGGCAACUGUACUCUUACCUCUUAUCGAAUCAUUGAUGGUUGUUUGUAAAUAUGUUGGUAUGACACCACCAAGUGGACAUAGGAGUAAUGCAUCCGAAAACAUGGAAAACCUGUUCUUUUCUUUCACAGAGGAACACCGUAAGAUUCUUAAUACGAUGGUCAGAAACAACCCUUCGCUAAUGAGUGGAUCGUUUUCGUUGCUUGUCAAUAAUCCAAAGAUACUUGAAUUUGAUAACAAAAGGAAUUAUUUCAAUCAACAACUACACAAACGAACAAAUGGCAGAGAGCAUUAUGGAACCUUGCAACUUAAUGUUCGAAGACAAUAUGUGUUUGAAGACUCGUUCCAAAAUUUACAAAGGAGAACUGGGGAUGAAAUUAAAUAUGGAAAACUUAGUGUACGAUUUUAUGAGGAAGAAGGUGUAGAUGCCGGCGGUGUUACAAGAGAAUGGUUCCAAGUUCUUGCUAGACAAAUGUUUAAUGAAGAUUAUGCGUUAUUCAAAACUUCAGCAGCUGACAGACUUACAUAUCAACCGAAUAGAGCUUCGGGUGCUAAUCCAGAACAUUUAUUAUUCUUUAAAUUCGUAGGACGUGUAAUUGGCAAAGCUAUUUAUGAUGGUAGACUUUUAGACGCAUAUUUCACAAGAUCAUUUUAUAAACAUAUUCUCGGAAAAGCUGUUGAUUAUCGGGAUGUAGAGGCAAUAGAUUUAGGAUAUUAUAAUAGUUUGGUAUGGAUGUUAAAUAACGAUAUUACAAAUGUUGUCGAUUUGACGUUCAGUGUAGAAGUAGAUGACUUUGGACAAAAGAAAAUCAUUGAUUUGAAAACUAAUGGUAGAAAUAUUACAGUAACAGAAGAGAACAAGAGAGAAUAUGUUAAACUUGUAACUGAACAGAGACUCACAUUAGCAAUUAAAGAUCAAAUUGAAAGUUUCCUUUCAGGCUUCCACGAAAUCAUUCCCGCAAAUCUAAUAAAAAUAUUUAAUGAACAAGAACUUGAAUUAUUAAUUUCUGGUCUACCAGAUAUUGAUAUUGAUGAUUGGAAGAAUAAUACAGAAUAUCAAAACUAUACAGCAUCAUCUCCACAAAUUCAAUGGUUCUGGAGAGUUGUACGGAGCUUUAGUCAAGAAGAACGAGCCAAAUUACUUCAAUUUGUCACGGGUACUUCCAAAGUCCCAUUAGAAGGAUUUUCUGCCCUUCAAGGAGUUCACGGUGUACAAAAAUUCCAAAUACAUAAAGACUUUACUAAAACUAAUCGAUUACCUUCUGCUCAUACAUGUUUCAAUCAAUUGGAUAUUCCUGAAUAUGAAAGUUAUGAACAAUUAAGACAAAAUCUUUUAUUAGCAACAUCAGAAGGAACGACAGGAUUUGGUUUCCAAUAA